CUGCGCAAAGCAAAGGGCAGGGGCGGUUAGCCACAAAGGCGCAUGCGCAAUGACGGCUCGGCGACCCUUUGAGCUUAAUUUUUAUGCCCACCAGCGGGAAGAAGUGCGUGUGAGCAUGAAAACGAAAGCUCUUUAGGGACCCUCAGCAGAACAGGCUUCACGGAUGGCGGCAGUGGGUGGUAGUGCUGGAAUCGCGGCACCCACCGGACUGGAGGCAGCGACAUUGCAGAAGCUGGCUCUUCUGCGGAAGAAGGUGCUCGGCACCGAGGAGAUGGAGCUGUAUGAGCUUGCGCAGGCUGCGGGCGCCGCCAUCGACCCCGAUGUGUUCAAGAUCCUGUUGGACUUGCUGAAUCUGAACGUGGCUCCCCUCGCCGUCUUCCAGAUGCUGAAAUCCAUGUGUGCUGGGCAGAGGAUAGCAAGUGAUCCCCAGGAUUCUGUGUCCAUAUCUCUGUCAACAUCAGAGACCCGAGGAAGAAACAGAGGUGGCCCCACUCUUGGCAGUGUUCCCAUAGUGGCAGAACGUGGAAGCCGUGAAAGACCCAUCCAGAGGAUGCCACGCCAGCCCAGUGCUACUAGGCUGCCCAAGGUGGGAGGACCUGGGAAAAACUCCUAAAGCAGCCCAUAGCCUAGAACAGAGACUGCACCUUGCACACAGUCCUCACAGCAGAUGCUGUUCACCUCUGCACUUCCUUAAACCUUUCUGAGGUCACCUCUGCACUUCCUUAAACCUUUCUGAGGAGCUGGGUAUCUCUAUCUGCUGCUUUUUGAUAUUAUUAAAGCAGAGAUUUAGUGCAA